AUGAGAGACCUCCUCGUUUUUGGCGGUAGCUCAGUUCCGUCGCUCGCAAAAGCUAUUUGCAGAAACUUGACCAUCCAAGUUGGUGAAGUGGACCUGCGAAAGUUCUCAAAUGGUGAGACCUCCAUCACUGUGAAAGACUCUGUGCGUGAGAAAGACGUCUUCAUCGUCCAGAGCGGUUGCGGUGAAGUCAACGAUAACUUCAUUGAGCUCUUGAUUCUCAUCUCUGCGUGUAAAACCGCGAGUGCCAGAAGAGUCACAGCGGUGUUGCCGUACUUCCCGUAUUCGAGACAACCGCAGAACCCAAAGGUCUCCAUGACUGGGACCGCCAUAGACGAAGAAGAUGACGAACUCACAGUACCAAAUCCGAUGUUAAGACCACGUGCUAUUCUGACUAACGCAGCAGCCACCAACAUUUUGGGCGCUGUUGAUGGAUACGGAAAAGACGACAGUGGCUACAAGCAGUGGGUCAGCCCAAACGGAACCCUCAUUGCAAACUUGCUCAUGGAGGCUGGUGCUGACAGAUGCAUCACCAUGGAUUUGCAUGACCCACAAUUCCAAGGGUUCUUUGACAUCUCCGUGGACAACCUCUACCUGAGGCCCUUGUUCAAACGCUAUAUUAUAGACUACGUUCCCAAUUACAAGGAUUGUGUCAUUGUAUCUCCUGAUAGUGGAGGAGCAAAGAGAGCCACUGCCAUUGCCGAUGCUUUGGGGUGUCUGUUUGCCUUAAUUCACAAAGAAAGGCGUACCAAAGUGACUCCGUUGACCAUUGGCUCCCCUAUACUAUCUGCAUCUGUUUCUAUGAAUUCCACAAUAUCUACAACAACACAUGUGAAUAGCUCAAUGCUUGUGGGAGACGUAAAAGGCAAAGUUUGUGUGCUUAUUGAUGAUCUCGCAGACACUUGCAACACUAUCACUAGGGCAGCGAGACUCUUGAAAGAAACAGGUGCCUCCUACGUAUAUUGCUUGGUCACUCAUGCUAUCUUCAGCGGCGAUGGUCUUGAGAAGAUUGCCGCCUCAGACAUCGACAAGUUCAUCACAACUAAUAGCAUUCCUCAAUUGGAGCACAUGAAUGAACUCGGUGCUGAUAGGUUUGAGGUACUCGAUGUGUCCCGUAUAUUUGCAGAGGCUAUCAGAAGGAUACAUAAUGGUGAGUCUGUGUCGAUGCUUUUUGACCACGGUUGGUAA